UGAAACAUUCCCAGAACUUCUUUACGUAAAAGUUUUCAUUUGUCAGAUUGGGACAAUCUGACACAUCUGUCAUCGAUUUUCAGUGGUAAGUAUAUUAAUUUAGUCGUUUUUCUCAAAAUAAAAUAAUGUCAGCAGCCCUACAAUUAUUUUAUGCGCUUUCCACUAUAUCUGGGUUUAGGUAAAAUGUUCAGGUAUUUUUAUGUUGUUUUUCAAGUUUAAUAUUCCGCAUGCUACUUGGUUUUCAGUACAUGUUUUGUGAUAUAUUUCGAGCACAAUUGAAACCAUCGCUUGCAGUGCUGUUGUUUUAGUGUUUAUUCCUAGAUUCAUGCCAAAGUAUCCAAAAAUUGAAAAUUCGUGCUCUCAAAUGAGCACUGAUGUUCCCAAACGUACGAUACAAAAGAAAACCGCGCCAUACAAAGAUACGGUUGAUGUAAGGACUUCUCGGGUGAAUAGACUAAGGCGUUUACCGUGUCGAAUUCAACGUACAUCAAAUCCUGAUCAAGCUGGUAGGCAUAAUGGUGAACAAGCAUCUAAGCAAUCGGAACAAAUUUUUGAUUCGGCUUCAACUUCUGAAAACGGUUUCAUAAACAAGACCGAUCACAAGCAAAUGACAGAUUCAAAUGUGUCUGGUGCACUAGGCCUGGAUCAGAACAGUUCCUUAUCACAAAAUAAUCUUAGCCAGAAUGUAUCGUUGAGUUUUCCUUUGGAACUACUGAGCGGCACUGCAUUCAAUUAUAGUCAAUCAAAUGUCAAUUCAGGCCACCAAAGUAUUUGCUUGCAAAAUCAGGACGCAGCUUCACAAACUGUUCCUCAACUUUGCGCAGCUAAUGCCGAUACAAGUGAGGCGCUAAACAUUAUAUCAUCCUCAACGGAGGAAUCAGGCAUUGAAAUAUCAGAGUCUUCAUUUAUAACAGCCGAUUCUCAAAAUGCCCAUUUAAUUAAUCAAAUAGUGCACAGCGACUUAAUAAUAGACGCCACUUCUCUUACAAAGGAUAUAUUAAAUCCUUCAGGCAUCCGUAUUGUUAAUGGAAAUAAUUCAAGUUCGAACAGGGAAAUUUCUCCUUGCAUAUCCGAGAUGAGUAGAGCUAAGGAAAUUAUUGACUUAGACGAUUCUCAAGAGACAUUUGUGGCAAAUGAAAAUUUGAAACCGGAACCUGAAUGUGGAAGUGAGCAACCGGAACAAGCCAGACAUAGAAAUUUGCCAAGUCCGGAAUUUGAUCUGAACAAGGCACAUAUUUCAUCAGGCAAUUAUGAAGGAAAAAAUGGUAUUUGCUGCAAUAAAGAUGUAGCUGUGGUCAAAUUGCUGAAAGAGACUCACACUCAAACAGAGGAAUCAGCAAGUAACGACUCCGAUAUAAUAUGUGAAACACAAUACAGAGUACCAGGAAAAGUGCGUAAUCAAGCAGCUUCGAACCGAAUACAACGAAUACACAGCUCUUAUAGGAAGCAUCGCAUUCAGUCCAAUAGUUUUCUGAGCUACAAGUACUCAGGAAGCUGCCCAUUCAGUAUGAAGCCAGCUAAUCAGAAGGCCGUUGACAACAAGCCAAACACUCUUGAUGCCGAUCUCAUCCGAAAACAGGAGGGCAAAGUUCAAACUAACAUGAUCCAAAAGGAACUUGGGGAAUUGAUUUGCGAAAAAAUAGAUAAAGUUCAAAAUGAUAAAAUGAAGGCAAGAAAAGUUUAUCUAAAUAACUGCACAGAAGCGCUAGUAACGGAUAAUUUAACUAGAAAAUUUCUCGAGAAAUUUGGUGUUAAUAUAUUCGAAGAACCAGCACAAUCAGUGAUCGAUAUUGACUAUAAUCCUACUUUCCAUAAUCUGCACUUUGCCAGAUCCACAAACGCAGAAUUGUACGAAAUAAUGAGUUCUUCAAUAUCGACCACGGAUGUAAUUGAUGAAACCCUAACGAAAGUUGUGACCGAACAUUGCGAACGUAGCCACAACAAGCAAAAUUUUGAUUCGGAUUCUGAAAAUGAAGAAUCCAGCGCGAACAGAUCCUGGUUGAAAGCGUACAUCAAUGAAACAAAAUGCCAACGAAAGGAUCUGAUGGAAAAAGUAAAAAUGGAGCGCAGAGACGGUGAAAUUGGUAACAAUUUGCGUGAAUGGUUUAAUUUCCAAGGUGACAGUUCCAAAGAUGAUGAGUUGCAGGAGUUAUUGAGAAAAUUGUAUGAUUGCACGCUUCUACCACAAUUACCAGAAAAGUUUGGAUAAUUGUAAUAAUCCUAAAAAUUCAGAGUAAGUUUUUUUUGAUAAUUUAUAUGCAAAAUGUUCAAAACAUUGUUGAAAGAAUUUAAUUAUUUGGAUUUACAAGUCGAUCGUAAUUUUGUAAGUGCUUGAAUAACAUUUCAUUAACAACAAGUAUAAGUUUAUUCUCUUAACGCUUUAGUAAAUAAUUUUAUCUGUUAAGUAUUUAGGUUUAGAGAAGCGAUUGAUUUAAUGUGUUUUGUGUAUGGCUGUAAUGAAUCAAAACAGUUAGUUUGCAAUUAUUCAGAAGGUAAAUUGUAAAAAGACGUAAUUUGUGAGAGUAUUGCGUUGCUUAUUAAAAUGGUUUGCUGUUAUUUAACA